GCCUCUUCGCUCGGAGGUAAAUUCUGGUUUUGAUGAGAGCGCAUCUCCAAUUACAUUCCUGCUGUUGUCCUCAUGCUGCUGAAGCUCUUGCUGUUGAUCGGUGCUCAACUCUGUGAACCAACCGGUGAGUUGCACUUCCCUUUCUUCUUCAUGGUCUCUGGGUGUCUCAAUACCUGGGCCAACACCGGAGGCCUGUGGAUGGCUGUCUGACAUCUGGUGACAGCUACUGAGUGCUGCGUUUGACAGUCAGCCCUUCUCAGCCCAUAGAGGGGAACUCAAUGACCCUGACCUGUAAGACCCAACCCAUUCCACAGAAGUUAUAUGUCCAGCUCCAGUUCUGCUUCUUCAAAGAAGACUCUCCCCUGGGGCAGAACUGUAACAACUCCCCGAAGUUCCAGAUCACUGCCACGAGGAGGGAAGAUUCAGGGUCCUACUGGUGUGAAGCACGGAUAGCUCAACGUAAAGUCCUAAGGAGCAGGGGUACCCACAUACAUGUGCAGAGAAUUCCUGUCUAUAAUGUGAGGUUGGAGACACAGCCUCCAGGAGGACAUGUGAUGGAGGGAGAGAAGCUGGUUUUUGUCUGUCUGGUCACUGGGGGAACAGGAGACAUCACCUUCUUCUGGUACAAAGGGUCCCUGGGUUUAAACCUGGAAGUGAAGACCCAGCGUUCACUAACAGCGAAGUUUGAAAUUCCUACGGUGAAAGAAAGUGAUGCUGAUAAAUAUUACUGCGCAGCUGACAAUGGCCAUGGCCCCAGUCUCAGCGGGCUAGUGAGCAUCACUGUCAGAAUUCCAGUGUCUCGCCCUGUCCUCACCCUCAAGGCUCCUGGGGCCCAGAGUGUGGAGGGGGAUGUGGUGGAGCUUCGCUGUGAAGCCUGGAGAGGCUCUCCUCCAAUCCUGUACCAGUUCUACCACGAGGAUGUCGCUCUGGGAAACAGCUCAGCCCUAUUCGGAGGAGGAGCAUCCUUCAACCUCUCUUUGACGACAGAACAUUUUGGAAACUAUUCCUGUGAGGCCAGCAAUGGCCUGGGGGCCCAGCGCAGUGAGGUGGUGUCACUCAACAUCACAGUGCCUACAGAAGACAGACUAAAACUUACUUCAGUAAUCUUUGAAGCGUUGAUCGGCAUCCCUGUUCUCAUCACUGUGGUCUUAUUGUUUUACUGUUGGCACAAGAGAAAAACAGGAAGACGUUCAGCCAAGGAACCACUCAGGAGCCUUCCCAGCCCUGAACCUCAAGAAUUCACAAUCCUGAACUCAACUACCCCAGUGCAACCACAUCCUGCAUAUGGAAAUGUGAAUGUUGUAAGUGGAAAUGAGGUUUAUUCUUUGGUGUACUCUGUGCAACAGGAAUGGCAAUCAGCAGCAGCAGAAUCCCUGAACACACAGACUGAGGAUAAGGACCCCUCUGUCAUCUAUUCUGGGCUGAAGAAUGCACGUGCUAUGGAUGUGGACUAUGAAAAUGAUGUGGACUAUGAAAAUGAUGUGGACUAUGAAAAUGAUGUGGACUAUGAAAAUGAUGUGGACUAUGGAAAUGAUGUGGACUAUGAAAAUGAUGUGGACUAUGAAAAUGAUGUGUAAAGUUAUGGAAGAUUCUGCUCUUUAUAAACCAUCUAUGACCCCAUGCCUCAGAACCAGUAUAUUCUUCAGAGAUUCUGGGGAAUAGCUUUCCAGUAUGCUCACUCAGGUGCUUUCCUCCAAGAGACGAUUGCUACAUCUAUUGUAAAGUGAAGUUGGCUCAAGCCCUGGAGAGAUCACCCAAGAGAACCAACAUGAAUGCAGGAGUGGGAAGGGCUUUAUUACCAGAACCUGAUUCUUGCUGGUUCCUUUAGGCACAGGUCAAACUGUGCUCUAACUUCUUUUCCUAAGAGGAAACAGGAUAACAUAAAAAAAACUUAGGACUUUGGGGAAGAGGGACAGUGACACUUAGUGUGCACAAAACCAAAGGUUAGCGAUUUUGUGGGAUUGCUCCAUACAGAGCUGUGUCUAUCAUCUUGUCCAAGUGCUUUUUCUGCUCAGAUGGUACUGAACUCCAGACCUGCCAUAUACAUUAAUCAUCCUGUUUCUCCAUAAAAUAUGUGAUUCAUAACAUUUGAAGUCACUGUUACCAAAUUAGAAUUGAAACAAAGUUACAUAAGACAUUUUUGCAGUUAUACUCGAUUUUAGCAUAUUUGUAUGCACAAGCCAAUCUAGAUUUACAAUGAUAUAUAUUUGUGUCACCACAUCCAAAGUGAUAAUAUGGCUUGGAAUUUAUAUUUUAAUUUUAAGUCAAUCAUUUGAUAACUCUUAUAAAUUAUGACAAUUUGAAGCAUAAACAAUAAGAAAUUAAAGUCUUCCCUAUAAUCUACCACCACACGUGGUACCCAUUGUUAGAAACUGAGCACUGUUGCCCUGGCCGGUUUGGCUCAGCGGUUAGA